GCAGUUGACGUUCGGGCUUGUCAAAUGUCCGUACUUGGCAAGUUCAAAGCAGCAGUUUUGGGAAACCCCGUAACACGUGAAUAUGAGAUUGGACGUCAUGUGGCAAGUGGGGGCCCCAGCUGCAUGUGGAAGAUAUUCGAUGGAGUCAAAAAGUCUUCGAGACACCCAGUUUCAAUAUUUGUGUAUGACAAAAAGGCUGCUGAAGCUGCUAAAACCCCGAAGAAAGAACGAGAAGCAAUUGUCACGAUGCUCAAAAAAGGCCCAACACAGCUUGUCAAACUUAGGCAUCCUCGACUGCUUACAGUAGAACACAGCGUUGAAGAAUCACGUGAUUGUCUUGCCUUUGCAACAGAGCCAGUUACAUGCAGUUUGGCUAAUCUUCUUGGCAAUUAUGAGAACGUACCAUCUCCCUUGCCACAUGCCAUUAAAGAGUAUGACUUGCAUCCAGUCGAGUUGAAAUGUGGCCUUCAGCAGGUUGCUGAAGGUCUUCAGUUUCUUCACAAUGAAGUGAAAAUGCUUCAUGGCAAUCUGACUCCUGAAAGCGUAUUUGUAACAAAGCAAGCUAACUGGAAAUUGGCUGCAUUCAACUUCUGUUGUUUUUUGAACUAUCAGAGCGAUGCACAGACUACAUUUGAGUUUCAUGAGUGGAAUAGUCGUAUGCCAUUGCGGACACAGCCAUCUCUGAACUACCUGGCUCCAGAAUAUAUUCUUUCUCAGUCUUGCGAAGUCAAUAGUGAUAUGUUCUCGUAUGGCAUUCUUGUGCAUGCUGUGUAUAAUAACGGACAGCCACUAUUUGAGAGUGAGAGCAACUUGCUAACAUAUAAGCAACACAUCGAAAAUAUGAGUCGAAUGUUGCCAUCAUCAUUUUCUUCUAUACCAGCAGAAGGUCAAGAAAUGGUUCGGUUGUUGCUUAAUAUAGCUCCAUCUGUGCGUCCUGAUGCAAUGCAAGUCAUGAAGGCAUCAUUCUUUGAUGAUGCUGUGGUUGUCACACUUCAAUACAUAGACACAUUGAUGCAGAAAGAUGAUAUACAGAAAUCGCAGUUCUUCAAGACAUUGCACAAGAUCUUACCCAAAAUGCCAAAGAGAGUUGUGCAUCAACGAGUUCUUCCUGCAUUGGCUGUGGAACUCAGGAAUCAUCCAAUGAUACCGUUUAUUCUGCCAAAUGUGUUACUCAUCGCUGAAGACUGUACCGUGGAUGAGUAUGCCCGACUGGUUUUGCCUGUUCUGAUUCCUGUUUUUAAAGUUGUGGAACCAGUCCAGGUCUUACUCAUUUUUCUUCAAAAGAUGGACUUGCUGCUGACAAGAACACCGCCAGAUGCCAUCAAAUCUGAAGUAUUGCCAAUGAUAUUUCGGGCCUUGGAUUGCAACGUUCCUCAGAUUCAGGAGCUGUGUGUUAGCAUUUUGCCGACAUUUGCUAACAUGAUUGACUACACGUCAAUGAAACACUCCAUUGUACCCAAACUUGCAAAUCUGUGUCUUGUAACCACAUCAUUGAAGGUGAGAAUUAAUGUACUUGUCUGUAUUGGUAAAAUGCUGGAUGUCCUUGAUAAGUGGCUUAUCCAAGAUCAAGUGUUGCCAUUGCUAGAAAACUUGCCUUCUCGUGAGCCUGGAGUUCUUAUGUCAACACUAGGCAUACUGAAGGAGACUAUGAGCAAUAAGAAGCUGGCUUUUGAUAAAGAAACUUUAGCCUGGAGGAUUCUCCCAUUUCUGUUGCCUCUGUCUGUAGAGCCAGGCUUAAAUGAAACUCAGUUCAAGACAUUUAUGGCUGUUGUUCGGGACAUGCUUCAAAAACUUGAGACUGACCAUGCAACUUACCUGCAGCAAGUUGGACAAAUGCAAGAACAGACACGAUCGACAGUUAAGUUUGCUCAGGAAGUGAGUGAAGCAAAGGCCAUGGAUAGCAUGUUGGAAAAAAUGGAAAAAUUAAUGGGGAAUGAUGAAAAGUCUGGUGGUAAGGAUUCAUCAUCUAUUUUGCAGCCAUCUCCUGUACCAGGUACAGCUGCUCCUGCAGUGUCUCCGUCGCUUGCUGACACUACAAAAGCUGCAGAAAUGGACAAACUAUUUGCUGGGCUCACUUCAUUUGGAUCAAGCAGCCAAGACAGCAUUCCUGCUAUUUCUACGCCGCCUGGACUACCACCAUCUACUGCAGAAAAACAGGCUACUGGCUGGUCAUUUGGGGCAAAACCUUCAAUGACUGGAACAACAGCGACAUCUCCAUCUGCAGUAGGUGGUAGCUUACUUGAUGGGGGAUUGAUGUUUGACUCUCUUGUGCCUGCCAGUUCAACUGCUAUGUCUGUCCAACGUACAGCUGUGUCUAGUUCAUCUAUGGCUGACAUUAUGUCUAGUUCUACUGCAGGAUUUAUGCAGCCUAAGACCAAUCUCACCACUCAGUUUCCAAGUCAUGUGAAUACCAACACAAUGCAGUUGCAAUCUCUAGAGACAUUGCAACCAGUACAGAAAAAUGAGUCUUUCAAUAAAAGAAACGAAGCAGGAGGAUUGGCUGAUAGACUAGAGCCUUCCAAGUCUCAGUCACUGCUGUCAAAUCAAUCGUCAACACCAUCAUUCACCACAGGGUUUGGUCAUAUGACCGGGGCAGCUCCAUUACACCCAGUUUCUGUAGCAUCUAAUCAGUUGCAAGUCAGCAAUCAAGCAGCGCCUUCAGGUCCACCUGUUUCAGGUCAGUUGAUGACUAGUGGUAGAUCUCUGGAUCCUAUAAUGCCUCAGGCUACCCUUCAUCCGACAAUGUCAACCAUGUCAUCAUCAGUCAAUCAGAUGUUUAAUGUAUCCAGAAUGGUACCACCUACAGCCACACAAUCAAGGAACUUCGGGCAAUUUCAAGGGAGCAGUGCUCCAUCUGCCAGUUCCACUGCUUUUGACCAGGCUACAAUAUUUCCUAAUCAACUAGAGGCAAAAAAGCAGGAACCUGUAAUCCAGCAGCCAUUGUCGACUCUUUCAGCUACGAAUGUCAAUACUCAAAGCAAGCAACCACCAAAUUUUCUAGGCGGCAACCCCCAUCAAAACCCAUCUUUGGUGUCUCCACAUCGGCAACAAACACCAUAUAGGCAACCAACUCAAUCUUUUUACCGGUCUACUGAUAUGGCAAGGUCACAGCAACAAAACGUGGAAUCAACAACAAACAUGCGGACUUCUGUUGGCUUAUCAUUUGGUCAACAACCCACAUCUACAGCUCUAAUUCAGCCACAGCCACUACAACCUUCAAGGAUGGGCCAAAACUUAGUAGGUCUUCAGUCUCAGCCAGUGGCUUUUCAAGGAUCUAGUCAACUGCCUUCACAACCUUCUUCAUCAGGGUUUAGUCAGUCAAUGAGCACGAUUGGUCAACUACAUCCUUCACAGCCUUCUUCUUCAGGGUUUACUCAGUCAAUGGAUGGGAUUGGUAUGUUGCAGCCGACUGUUGCCCAGCAGCCUACUGGACAAUCAAUGUACUUUGGAUUGCCAAAUCCUGUUAGUAAACCUGCUUCAAUGCCACAAACUCAAUGGGGAUUGGGAGGUUCAACAUCUUCAAUGGGUCCUUCAUCUACAAGUUCAAUAAAUUGGAGUCAACCUCAGAACAGUCAAUCGAUGGGGCUUCAGUCAUUUAGUAGUGGUUUAGGACAUCAAAUGCAGCCUCAACAGAGCAACCAGCCAUUCGGUUUUCAGCCACAAGAAAUAUUUCAACCAAUGCCAUCAGCAGCCAAUCCCAACUACUCCCAAUAUCAUAUGUCAGCACCCUUGCAGCCUCAUCCUGGUGAUAACCCAUUUGGCUGAACAGGUGAGUCUCAUUAACCAACUGCACGGUCAUUUUGUUACAAGGAAAUGUAUACUAUACUGUAGCUUUCAUAUGUGUGUCAGACUGCAGCUAACUGAUAGGAAUGAACAUUUUGCUCUUACUGAUUACUUCAAAGUUUGCAAUUGUUUUAAUAGUCUCCGCUGUGUUGAUAUCAUCACUGAGUCUGAUGGUACAUUUCUGCAAAUAUUAAUCGAGUCUUAGAGU